CGCGGGCUGUUGGGGCUCCUGCCGCAGAACCGGCCGCUGCCGCCCGAUGCGCUCUGACCGCGGGGAGCGCGGGUUGGCCCGGCAGCCGCUGGGCUCUCGUUCUGUCCUGGCUCUGCCUAUGCCUAGGUGACACGUCUCGGCGUCUCCUCCGUGGUUUACCCUGGAAGAAUUUACCUUCAGCAGCGUGUCGUUUUACAAUAGCUGUGUUUACAAUGACAACAGCAGCGGAGCGGAAGUUUGUUAACCUCAGGAAACGUCUGGAUCAGCUGGGCUAUCGGCAGCCCUUGGGAGUGGAGAGUUUACCUUUGGUGGAAAAGCUUUUUAGUGACCUUGUUCAUACAACAGAGAGCCUCCGCAGUGCAAAGUUAUCUGCUGGAAAAAUUGAAAAAGAAUGCAGCAAUUAUGAUGCUAUUAUAGAACCGUAUAAAACUGAGAAUGCAAAACUUACCAGGGAAAAUAAUGAGCUGCAUUUGGAAAUAUUAAAACUGAAAGAGCAAUCUGAUCGUCAUAUUAAAGACUUGAAAGCCAGCUUAAGGAGUGUUGAAAAUGAAGCAGCUGACUUGAAAUUCCUCAAUAACCAGUAUGUGCAUAAAAUUAAACUGCUAGAAAAAGAGAGCAAAGCCAAGACUGAAAAAAUUCAGCAGCUUCAGGAGAAGAAUCUGCAAGCGGUUGUGCAAACUCCUGGUGGCAGAAAAAGAAACAUCCCAUUCAGGCGUCAACGCAUGCAGAUAGACCAGCCUGUCCCUCCAUCAGCUGUUAGUGCCUAUCCAGUGCCUCAGCCAGAGGACCCAUACAUUGCAGACCUUCUUCAGGUGGCUGACAAUCGAAUACAAGAACUUCAGUCAGAAGUGACACAGUUAAAGGAAAAACUAGAGAUAUCAGAAAAUGGAAAGAAGAAUUACAGCAAGCAGGUUGAGCUUAGAGACAAAGAAAUAGAACGCCUAAUGCUAGCAGUGGAUGGUGGUCGUUCUCAUGAAGUUUCUCUGGAAUCAAGAAGUAAAAGUAAUGAGAAACUUAUUGCUCAGUUAAAUUUGCAGGUUGAAUAUCUUCAGCAGUCAAACAAAGAACUUGAAAAUCGCAUUCAAGACCUCUUGGACACAAAAAAAAAUGUGACUAGUGAGGUAGUGCACUUAAGCAAUAAAAAUGAAGAACUCUGUCAAGAACUGAAUGAAAUAGACCAUUUGGCACAGCAGUUGGAAAGACAUAAGGAAAUUGUGCUUGAAACUGCAGAUAAAGAAAUAGGAGAAGCAAAGAAGGAAAUUGAAAGAAAGGAUAUUGAAAUACAGAAUCUUGAAGACACAAUAACGAGGCUUAAGUCAGAGUUGUGCUCAUGUCGUCGACAGAAUGAGAGAUUGAGUGAAGAACUCUUUGGAAAAGCAGAUGAUAAAGAGAAUCUCGAACUACUGCUAAACCAGCUUGAACAAGAGAAACAGAGGCUGACAGAAAAAACAGAGAACUUUGAAAUAAAAGAACGGGAACUUGUCCUAGAAAUAGAAAGAAUGAGAUUAGAAUACGGUAUAGCUCUAGGAGACAAAUCUCCAUCUCGUCUAGAUGCGUUUGUCAAAACUUUAGAAGAUGACAGAGAUUAUUAUAAAAGAGAACUAGAGUAUCUUCAAAAAAUGAUAAAACGAAGACCUAGCCCAAGUCGUAGGACUCCUGAGAAGAGUGAAGAUCUGAGAUUGAUCACUAGAGAAAGGGAUGAGCUACAGUCCAUGUUAGACAGAUUUGAAAAGCAUAUGAUAGAAAUUCAAUCCAGCGUCAAGCUAUUGACUGCUGAAAGAGACAGAUUAAAUAUUCUUUAUGAGCAGUCUCAGAGUGAAUUAAACAGGCUGAGAAGAGAAGCAAAGCAUCAUUUAGUUUCUCAAAGUCACAUGGGAGAAGAUGGAGAUGUUGCACUGGCAGACUUUAGAAGACUGAUGGCAGAAAAGGAAAGUCUAAGAGAAAAGUUAAAGAUUCAGCAAGAAGCGGCUAACCUUGAAAAAUCAAAGAUGCAGCAUGAUAUUUCAGAAUUGGAAAAUAAUAUUCAACAAUUUGAGUUGGAAAGGUGUGAACUAAAGAGUACGAUCUCUAUCCUGAAAGAAAGAAUAAAGUCUUUGGAAAAUGAAUUAAAAUUGAAGUCCAAUAAACUUAUGCAGACAUCUGAUGAUUCUUCUCAAUUUAAAGCUGAACUUUGCUCACUUCACCUCUUAAAUGAGCAACUCCAGAGGACUGUGGAAGACUUACAGCACCGAUUGUCUCUCAAAAAUGAUGAACUUCAGUCAGCUCAAGAAGAAAUUGUAAAGCUAGAGGAGAAAAUAGAUAGGUUAAACCAGAAGAGCACUUCACAGGAUGAGGCAGUCAAUGUGCUUAGAAGUACUAUUACUGUUUUGGACAAAGAAAAGGAUAAUCUUCAAGAAACUGUAGAUGAAAAAACAGAAAGAAUUGCGUGCUUAGAUGACAACUUAGCUAAUAAGGAAAAGACAAUUACUCACUUACGGCUAACGCUCUCUGAGUUGGAGUCAUCAACAGACCAGCUGAAGGACCUCUUGAGCAGCAGAGACCGUGAGAUAUCUAGCUUGCGUCGCCAACUUGAUGCUUCCCACACAGAGAUUGCAGAAACAGGAAGAGUAAAGGAAAUAGCUCUGAAAGAAAAUAGACGACUACAAGAUGAUCUAGCUACAAUGACCAGAGAAAACCAGGUAGCUGUGGAAGGCUACCACAAGCAGCCUGCAUUAAGCAUAUGUAAGCAUGCUGUCAGUUCUGAGCUUCAAGAUGCAAUACGUGAAAAGGAAGAAAUGAAAACAAGAGUUCAUAAUUAUAUAACUGAAGUUUCCAGAUUUGAGAGUCUGAUAGCUUCAAAGGAAAAAGAAAACCAAGAAUUGUUAGAGAAGUUCCGAAUGCUCCAUACACAAGCUGAGGACUGGGAAAUCAAGGCUCAUCAAGCUGAAGGGGAAAGCAGCUCAAUACGGCUUGAACUCCUUUCUGUAGAUACGGAUCGGAGACAUCUUCGAGAGAGAGUAGAACUUCUGGAAAAAGAGAUUCAAGAGCAUAUGAUUGCACAUCAAGCUUAUGAAUCUCAGAUCUCCUCCAUUACAAAAAAUAUGUCUAAAUUGGAAGAGGACAUUAAACGUGAACAUCAGGAUAAGUCCUCUGUGUUGGCUGACUUGACUUCUGUGAGAGAACUUUGUGUUAAACUUGAAGCUAGCAAAGACCUUUUAUCUCGACAGCUUGCAUCUAAAAGCAUGGAUUAUGAAAGGGUUCUAGGUGAAUUAGAAGACGUUAAAUCAGAAGCAGAGUUGCUGAAAAAGCAAUUGUCCAGUGAGAGGCUUACAAUUCAGAAUCUUGAAACAUUGCUGGCUACCAGUAGAGAUAAAGAAUUUCAGAACCAUUUAACGUCUCAUGAAAAAGACUCAGAAAUUCAGUUACUGAAAGACAAGCUAACACUUGCUGAGGGGAAACUUGCAAUCACUAAAAUCCUUUCCUCCGAGAUCAAGGGAAGUGGUCCUUCCCCUCUUCUCAGCACUGGUGAGGCCCCACCUGGGGCUUUGUGUCCAGUUCUGGGCUCCCCAGUACAAGAGUGACUUGGACUUAAUGGAUUGAGUCCAAUGAAGGGCCAUGAAGAUGAUUAAGGGACUGGAGCAUCUCCUGUGAGGAAAAGGCUGAGAGAGCUCAGGCUGCUUAUCUUGGAGACCAGAAGGCUCUGGAGAGGAUCUAUCAGUGUAUGUAAAUAACUGAACAGGAGGGAAGACAGAGCCAAUGUCUGUUCUGUGGUGCCCAGUGACAGGGACGAUGGGCAGUGAGCACCAGUGGGAACAUGAGAUUCCUUCUAAACAAGCACUUUUUCACUCUGCCAGUGUCGUGGUUUUGUGAUUUUUGUUGUCAGUAUUCCAUAUCAUAACAUCAUGUAGAGUACUGGGAGUUAAAGAGUUAAUGCUCCAAUUCCACGGAUUGAGUACUGAUACUGAUUGCACAGAGAGCUUGGGGAGUCUUCUACUUUGGAGAAGGUCAAAAGCCAAAAGAACUGAAACCAAUACCUACACUGAAUGUGGACAGCACUUUCAUAAUAAGUCUUUAUGUAAAAUUUCAGUAAACUAAGUUUUGAAGUUUUCAUUUUAGGUCUCAUCAUGACCUGGUAACACCAUUAUUCUUGUGGGGAUACGGUAGCCAGUGAUUGUAGUGGUAACUUUGCACUGAAUAGCAAGAUGCUGAAAUAGCAGCUGAGUGUAGAUGAAGAUGAAGCCUGAAGUCAAACUAAAUUUCAGAAGAGAAUAAAAGAACUAAUAGACCCAAUUAAUAAACAUUGCAGUAGGUUGAAAAGGGAAACAUGCAAAAAGUAAAAGGACAGAUAAUGCUUCCCUAUUAUAAGAAAUAGAAUAUGACAUACCUGAACUGUCAAAAGCUAUCUGUGAUGACACAAAUGUGGAAGAAAAUUGCUUCGGAUUGAUGUGUGUAAACGAUGAUCUCAGUAAAGGUAUAGAGGAUGAUGGUAUCGAUCACUUCUGUGCAUCUCAUUGCUACAUGUUUUAGAUUUGCUGAAUUUUGUUUACUUGAGAAAAAAAGAAUUUUAAUCACAUAUGAAGAAUAUAAAUUAAUGGAAUGUCCUGACUGUGAAAUAAAAGAUGGAAAUUACAAAACAAGGAAAGAAUGAGGUUUUCAUUUAAUAUAAAUUAAGCUUCUUGCAUGCAAAAAAUACAAAACAUUGUUUUAAUCGCUUCAUAGUAUUUCUUUCAAAAGAUUUCUUCUGAAUGCAUUUUAAGGUUCCUUUCUUCUUUAUUGCAAAUGUCAAUACUCUGUUUAUAUUGGAGAUUCUUCAUCUUGCCAGGCUAGUGUUCAGGUAAAAGAACUAGUUGCAUAUGCUUCUGUUUUCUACUAUUCAGUUUGUAGUACUUGGAGUCUAAAGAACAGAAGCUUUAAAUGCUCACAACUGUGAUUGAAGUAUGUGAGAGUUGCAGUUGUGUCUUGUGAAAAAUGCAGUGAACUUGUCAGCUAGAACUGAAACUUUGCAGAAGGUGUGCGUCAAUGUUUUUGAACUUUAUUUACAUUUUUGACACUAUUGUGCCUGCGCUUCCACUCUGUUUAUGAAACAGUACUGAUACAGCCUCUACCUUCAGAAGGAUUCUCAAAAGUAUAGCUUUGAAGCUCUUCACUGCCAUAAUAUUGAACUCUGUGAAGAGUGAAUAGUUGUAUUACUCAAAAUGCUUUUUUCAUAAUGGGGUAAAUGAGUUACUUGAGACUACAGUCAUCAUGUACUAAAUAAACAGCAUAUUUAGUAGCUAAACUACUUGAUGCUAGCUGGAGAUAAUCACUGUGGAAAGACCAGAUGCUACGUGAAAAAUAUUGGAUCACCAUGUAAUUUUAUUAUAGGAUGAUUGCUGUGCAUAGAGGUUCCAAAAUUCUGUUGUUCUUAAUCUUCCUUAAUUUUUGAGUGACUUAACUCAUCAUCUCUAAUUUUGUUUCAAUGUUAUUUACAUGUACUAACCUCAGAAUUCACAAAACUGCUUGCUUUCUUCAUCUUACAAUAAUGAUUUCGGGCUCUGAGUUCUUACCUUCAUCCUGGAAAUAUAUGCCAAUUUCUGAAGGACUUUGAAUAGUAUACCAUCAGAAGCCUUCUGCCACAUAUUUGCAAUAUGCUAGAUCAGAAUUACUAUAGGAAUUUUAUUGAUGAAUAUGGAAGACCAAGAAAAAUGUUCUGCGUUUCUGGGGGCUCCCAUCUCUUGAGUAUUUUGCAUCUCCCUGGAGUCAGAGACCAAUGGGUGCCCAGACAUGAAGUCUGAUACUGAACUAGGAAAGGAACUUGUUUUCUCAGGAUUGCAGUUCAGUGCUUACACAGCGAGCUACUACAUCUUUCCCUUUUCCACAACUGAUUUCUCAGCACUCAGCUUCUACUGGCUUUGAAGACAUGGAAUAAUAUAGCUGUUUAGAUGACUCCUUUUACACUCAAGGAGCAACUUUUUUUUUCUGUUCUGUAAUGCAGUUUGGAGUGUUUUGCAAUCAAUCGUUGAAUUCUCCGGACCAGUGAUUUGCUGAGAAACAUUUUUAAUUAUAUCACUUAAGAUUUUCAGGGCUGCUUUUCUUUUUGAUCCUUGUAGUUGUAUAAUUGACCCCAAAAUCAGGAGUGUACUUGGCAAACCUGCAGAUUUUGCGGAUUUGAGCUUGUAUUAAUACCAAUUUUAUUUAAAUGUUAUUCAGUUACGCUCCCUUCUAGACUGAUACACUUUUUACUGCAGUUAUAUCAGUUAUGUUUGUACUUUCUGUGAAUGGCUACUAUUUUUUCUUCUUUUUCACUGUACACAUAAAAACAAUUUAAUAUUGCAACAGAAGACAAUCGGUAGAAUAGUAAUGUAAUUAUUUUGUCUGCUUUUAUAGAACAUCCCUGCUUACCUUUGCCUGAAAAAGAAUAGUGUGUUGUAGUAAAGAUGUAAUGAGAGACUUACUCUCACAUCUUUCUCACCUUAGGUUCUGCCACAAACAUGCCAUUGAAUUGGCUCGGCUCUCCCUACUUCUAAUCUGUCUCUGUGAUUUGGUCUGUGUGAAACAGCGUGUUGAGUUUCUGUUUUUGUUUUGUUGACUUGCUCUAAUUCCUCUGAGCUCCUAUCUAUCGGCGUUCAAAGAAAACGUUGUUGCUUCUGAUGGU